GGUGGCCUUAACCCCACAAUACAACAGUUGUUUGCGGAAAAGGUUGGAUAUGCUGUGGUAGAGCAUCUGACUCUCUCGCAAUUUCUUGAGUUGAUGGGAAUAAGGAGCAAGAAACCUCAAGAGAUCUUGAGUUUCAGAUGGCUUUGCUCUCUAGAAAUUUGUAAUUGUGGUAACUUGAGAUACUUGCUAACUCUUUCCAUGGCACUGAGCGUUGUUUCUCUCAAAAAGAUGAAAGUACAAAAUUGUGAACUGCUGGAGCAAGUCAUCUCAGAAGAAAGGGCCAACUUGAACGACAGCAUUGUUUUCACCAAACUGAAUUCUUUGGAACUUAAAGGUUUGCCGAGACUUGAAGGCUUCUGCUUGGGUAAUUGCAACUUUGAAUUCACAUCUUUGGAAGAUGUAAUUGUGAUGACAUGUCCAUAUAUGAUGACUUUCGCUAGGGGAGAAGUAAGUACACCAAAACUGCAUAAAGUGAAAUUAACGGGAGAUGAUGAAAAUGAAGGAUGUUGGGAAGGUGGUCUUAACCCUACAGUACGGCUUUUGUUCACGAAAAGAGAGUUGGUGACUCUAAAGAAGACUGAAAUUUAUGCUUUGUAAAAGCUGGUGUUGGUUUGAUUUUCAAUAUGGUCAUAUGGCUCUGGAUUUUAGUGGCUGCAAGUUGCAAAUUUUCUUGGCACCUAUAAUAUUAUUUAGAUUUCUAAAACUAGUCGUCAGAGUUUUUGAACUCCUUGUGUGACUUUGUUUUGUUAGUAUUUAAUUUCAUGUCCUGGUUUGGUAUUGUGGUGGUAAGGACAAAAUUUUUUAUUUUUGAACAUGGUAAGGACAAUAUUUAAACUUUGUGUUAUCAGAACAUAUGUAUCUUAAUACAGAAAAUGUGGUGUG